AUGUUGGACGGAGUUUACUCUUACUUCUUCGGCUCUGAACAGAGCACUGCCGAUGCUGAAUCCAACGAACAACUGAAGGGAAGAAACGACGAGUGGAUCAUGGUUGAUCGUAAGUUUAACUGUCAAAUUUACUUCAUAUAUACCAGAUUGUUAAGACAUUUUUUAAUAUAUAUUAUAUACUUUUUUAUAAAAUAAAUGUCAGUCACUUUAAAAUACCAAAACAAAACAGUAAUUCCUUAAUUUUAGCCAAAUCAGGCCGCUCCUCGCCCGUGAUGGUCGACGAGCCUGUUAUCAACGAACUAGACGACAUGACCAGCGAAGUCUCCAGCCAAAUGAAUCAACCCGUGCUGACGGCCACAGAGAUCCGAAAACGCGCCAAAGCGAAGGCCCUGAUGAAGAAGGAAGAACAAAAACGAAAAGUCAAGGCCACCAUCCAACAACGUCAAUGGCUGGAAGAGAAACUGUUCGAGGAUCCGGAUGCCGAGACCAACGACAGUCCACCAAGUUCCGUCCAGAACAGUCCUCCAGGGCCUCAGAAGCCGUUGGACAAACUGAUCAUGUCCCAGCCCAUGACCAGAAAGCAAAAACAACGUUCCAAGAAAGCGGGUAGCAACAGCUCCGGUCGAUCCAACGACCGCAAGUGCAACAACAUCAACUAA